UUAUACACCAGAAGAAGAAGUUCCCGAUGCAACAGCUAGGCAUCAACAUGCCUACUGCUGUGAUUAUGGAGGAAAAUUUUGAUAAAUUAUUAGAGCAGUGUGAAGCCCAAGAGCUCGAGGCUCCAGGGGGCAUUGCAACGCCUCAGGUGUACGCGCAGCUGCUGUCGCUCUAUCUACUGCAUAAUGACAUGAAUAAUGGCAGGUAUCUCUGGAAACGGAUUCCCCAAGCAAUAAAAUCGGCAAACCCAGAAUUGACAUCUAUUUGGGCCGUUGGCCAACGCAUUUGGCAGCGGGACUUUCCAGGGAUCUACACAACCAUCGCAGCUUACCAAUGGUCAGAGAAUAUCCUCCCGGUCAUGGAGGCUCUACGAGAGAGCACGCGGCAACGAGCGUACAGUCUAGUGGCCCAGGCGUACACCUCCAUCGCAGCAGACGAUUUCGCUGCCUUCGUGGGAUACUCUGUGGAAGAGGCAGUAAAGGGUGUAGUGACCCAGGGCUGGCAGGCAGAUCCAGCUACCAGGAUGGUGAUGCCCAAAAAGCCAGAUCCUCCCCCCGUCUCACUGGUUCCAAACGAGCAGCAGCUGGCCAGACUCACCGACUACGUGGCUUUUCUCGAGAACUGAUAACCCGCCACUCGCCACCCCUUUUUUUCCGCUCGCCCACUACAGGGGUAGAGUACAGGUUCGGACAGACACUUCCUCCAGCCCCAAUCCCUAAUAAAAGACAUACCAAAAAACACACCCAUCAUCUCACAUGAAUGCUGCACGCUCUUCUCCAAGACCUGCCUAUUUAUGACUCGUACAGCUCCCCCUGGUAAUUCAUACGUUGAAAAUGUCGGACACAAUGUUGUAUUAUAUCAGUUUUUUCUUUCACUCUCUGCAACCCACUUGAUGUAUAGAUCUGGGUCUCGAUUUCAAAGGAGAAAUAUGUUUCUCUGUUUUUUUAUUGCUGACCUAACAGACCCUUCCCAUACAAUAGAAAUACACAGGCUAGUAUGCUUUAGCUCUUCAAGGUUGCAAACAAAUUUUUUUGUCAGGUAACAGGAAGUCUUGGAAUCACCGUGUGGGUUUCAGUCCUCAGACCUCAUAUUUUGAAGUUGAUGUUUUGACUGGUGAAUAAAUAUUUUUGCUGUUUCUAA